AUGAACUGUGCAUGCUUCCGCGGCAUAUUUGGGAGUUCGUCUUCAAAAGAGCCACCACCUAAGGAGGAGCAGGAGCCAAAGCCUCUCGAAGCUCCGCCUCCUGUUCUCCCCCCUCCUGCUCCCCCACCCCCUCCUCCUCCACCUCCUCCGCCUCCCCCGCCUAAGGGCCCCCCUCCCCCUCCUCCUCUCAAGGCGCCUGGCUUCAACCGCGCAAAACCAGCAGUGCCACUGAAAGGAUUCCACUCCACCAAAGUCCAUGACACUGCGGGAACCAUCUGGGGGGAAAUUGCCAAGGAUUCCGAGUUUUUGCGCUUGAAAUUAGAUGAACAAACGAAGGAACACCUGCAGGUGGUUUUCCGCGCCAAGGAGGCGAAGGUUAAGAUCGGGGGGAAUCAGGUCCCCGGGGGGGGAUCAGGGGCGGGGAGGGGUCAGGUAGGGGGAGCGAAUGGCGGAGGAGGGGGAGGGGGAGGCAAAGGGGACGGGGUGGUUUGCAUCGUGCCUGUGCAGCGGGCGAACAACGUGGCGAUUAUGCUUUCGCAGUGUCGCAUGCCGCACGGAGUGAUUCGCGAUGCCAUCAUGGGUGGUAACCAGAAGGGUGUGCUGUCGCUGGAGCGACUGGACCUUCUACAGCAGGUGAUCCCCAACGACGACGAGGUGAGUCAGCUGCAGGCGUACACGGGCCCCGUGGACGCCCUCUGCGCGCCCGAGCAGUUCCUCCUCACCCUCGCCUCCAUCCCCCGCCUCCGCGACAAGAUCGAGGUGCUCGUCUUCAUGCUACGAUUCGCUGACCUGCACAAGCAAGCGCACACCAUCAUGGCCACCGUCACACGAGCAUGCCAACAGGUGCACAGCAGCAGGGCGCUGAAGGCGUGCUUGAAGGUCGCUCUGGAGUACGUCAACUUCCUCAACCAUGGCACUGCACGAGCCGGAGCCGCUGGAUUCAACGUGGAAUCUCUGCCAAAGCUCUUCGACCACAAGACCACCGUCACCCUCCCUCCACCCCUCCCUCCCAGCACACCCAAACCCGACUCCUCCAACUCCCUUCUCACCCCAGUCCAGCGCCCUGUGCCCCGUUCCCACUCCCACACUGACUCCACACAAAUCAAAUCCCCUCCUGGUAUCCAAAUUCAAAUCCCACAAGACCACUCCUCCUCCCUUCCCAUCCACCAAUCCGCCUCCCUUCCCUCCCUGCACAACCAUCCGUCUACCUCCCAGCCGCCCCCAACCACGCCCCUCCCUCCCGCCGCUCUCACGCCUGCAGCAGCCGCUCUUUCCCCAAGGCCCAUGUCUCCUCGUGCUGCUGCGUUCUCCCCGAAAGCGGUUGCAAUGGCAGCAGCAGCAGGGGACGCGGAUGCUCUGAGCAGUGCCAUUCUGCGCGCGUCUUGCCUGCUGGAGGUGGUCGUGCUUCGCCUCGCUGCCACUGGCAUCGUCAAUCCGCCCUUUGAAAUGAGCAAGGAGAUGGAGGCUGUUGGGCUCGCUGCUAAGUACUCGCAGGACGAGAUAGACUCCUCGCUGGCGCCCAUGGACCAGGGCAUAGGCAUAGAGGAAGCAGGGGGCGAGCUGCUGUCUCAGCAGGCAGCAGCUGUGGCUGCAAAGCAGUCGUUACGCAUAGGAGCAGUGGAGAGGGAGAGCUGUGACUCGGAAGUAAGCUCUGGGUCUGUGACUGGUGGAGUUGCAGCCUCGUGUGCCGGGCCCUGCUUUGCCAAGGAGAAAGGGAAGAGGCGGUCAGUGUUUGGAGUGACGUCUCGUGUGAGAGGUGCGAAGAAGGAGAAGGGGAAGGAGGUGGCGGGGAAGGGUCAGGCGGCAGUUCGAGGGGCGAAGGGGCAAGCGAAGGUGCGAAGCGAAAAGAGUGCUGUCUCCAAGGGUGAAGAGAUAACGGGCGGAGGCUCCACAAACAAAGACGCUGAGUCGAAAGCUCCUGGCGCUGUUGCUGCUGCUGCUGCAGUCCCUGGCCCUCUGCCCCCUCCUCUCGCACCUUCACCUCUUGCUGCCCCUCCUCCUCCCCCGCCUCCCCCUCCUCCCCCUCGUCCCUCUCCUCCCCCACCCCGACCUCCCCCACUUAUAGCCCAACCACAGCAGAAGCAGCAAGGCAGACAGGAGGCGACAGAAGGGGGCAGGGGCGCCGUGUGCACGUCUGUCAGCCAUGUGGAGGGGGGAGUGCACCAGGGGGCAAGUGGGAAGCUGAGGGACGUUGUGGGACUCGCCUUUGGUACGCCGAUUGCUGUAGCGCCUCCCUCUGCUGGUUUUACUGGCCAGAGCCGCUUGCUGCGUGCUGCGGGCGGCAGUGGGCCGUUCAGGCUUAUGAGCGAGCUCAGGGACUCGAGCAGCAGCGGCAGCAGCAGCAGCAGCAGCGAUGGUGGUGAUGAAGAGGAGGAGGAGCAGCAGGAGGAGCGUGAGAGGACCGGCAAUGGCACUUUGGUGCAUGGUGCUGAUGGUGGGGGGGUGUUGUCUAGCGGGGAAGGGUGGAGUGGUGAGCUGAGUGGUGGAGCAGGGCACAGGAUAGCACGAGGGGGCGGUGGGGGCGGGAGGAAGAGGUCGACACGGCCAACGUGCGUGGUGUACCGAAGGAGUCCGUUUGACGGGGCUAUCACCCCCUCCCCGGGCACCAAACGCGCGUGGUCCGAAGGCAAUCUGCUUGUUCGGCCCGAGUUUCUUCUACGGGGUUCUGCACUGAAGCCAGGGGUAGCAGAAACAGGGGCAGCAGGUGGGGCAGAAGGACGCGGAGGAGGAGGGGGGGAGGAGCAGGGGGGAUCAGAGGGGAAUGUGGAAGGGGAGACGUCUGUCUCUGGGCCCAUGCAAGGGGGAGAGGAUGGAACUGAGGUGACGCAGGAGCCGGGUUGUGGGAAUGAGCAGGGCUGGGAGGAGGAGCAGCUGGCGCCUCGGAAAUCCCUGCAACCAUUGUUUGGCAGCUGCACCUCUCCUCCGGAAGCUGUGACUGGGAGUUCCAACCACUUGGGCUGUCACGCUGCUGCUGCUGCUGCUGCUGCUGCUGCUGCUGUUGCUGGCAGUGGUGGCGGUGUGGGCACUGAAACCAUUGGCAGCAGGAGUAGCAGGCGAGGAUCAGGUAGGGGCGUUGUGAGGAGGCACAAGAAGGGCACCAGCGGCAACGCUGCCGCUGCUUUUGGUGGUGGUGCUGCUGGCAUUCGUAGCAGCGGCCGGAUCCUCCCACGCACCCACAGUGACCCAACUCAGCUUGAAAGUCUCGCCUUUCACGAGUUCCUGAAGGAAGUGAGUGCCUCGCGCUCUGCUGCGUGUGAGUGUGGUAGCGGCCUGUGUGCCUGUAAGGGAGGUCACAGUAAGAGGAGGAGGGGUGAUGGGCCUCGUUCUCUGCUGGCGCAUGGAAGUCGCAGCGUGUCUGUCACAGAAACAAGCCUUCACCGUACUGCCCACUCUGCUGUCACCUCCGCUGCCGUCUCUGCUGCUACUGCUGCUGCUGCUGCUGCUGCUGCUGCUGCUGCUGCUGCUGCUGCUGCUGCUGCUGCUGCUGCUGCUGCUGGUUCUGCUGCCUUGUACGGUACAGAGGAGGUGGAGUGCGGUGAAGAGGCGUGCAGUGCGUUGGUGGGAGUGGGGGGCGGUGUAAGCAAAGGGGUGAUGGAAGGGAGAGCGGGAGCGGAGGGUGGAGCAGGUGGCAUGAGGGAGGUGAGAUCAUCUGGCAGGUUAAGAGUCAGGGUACCAAUGAGAGAGGCGUGUGAUGUGGUAGGGGGAGGUGGGAUCAAGGAAGGGUCCGGAGAUGCAAAGGGGGAGGGGUCAGAGAGUUUGGGUGGGGAAGGGGGUGCGACUGGUGGGGCUGGUGAUGGCUCUGGCAGUAAGGAUGCAGCUAAGGAGGGGGGACGGGAAGGUGGUGGCAACCUUACCUCUCAGCAAGGGAAGGGAGCAAAUGAGGCAACUGAAGAGAUCGAGGGGACUGGAGCAGAACGAGCAGAGGAUGAGGAGGAGGAGGAAGAGGUGGGGGAGGAGUGUGACGAGGAUGACGACGAGGAGUGGGAUGAGGAAUGGGAUGACGAGGAGGAGGAAGAAGACGAGGAGGAGAGGGACGAUGCGUCAACAGAGGAGGGGAGGAGGGAGCUGUCGCUGUGCGAACACCUGACAGCGUUCUUAGACAAGGCGCGCCCGGAGAGGGAGAGGCUAGCAGAAGAAGCAGCGAAUUGCAGGUAUGGACGAUGGCUUGCUACUGUGUGUGCCAAGGGCUUCUGCCUCCUGCAUUUCCCCGCUCUCUGGCACCUAACUUGCAUUUGGAUCCUCCCGGUUAUGCGCUGA